UGUGGGAUUUCACCAUUUUCCCAUGGCAUCUUCUAAGCUUAUCAGUGUUGCUUUCUUCAUACUAUUGGGUUUGGGCAUUUGUGCUGCUGCGAGAUCACGCCUUGAUCUUGAGGCGGGUCUCAACUUGGGUGCCGGUGUUGUGCAUCAUGGUGGUGUGGUAGUCGGAGGUCAUGGUGGUGGUGGAGGCUCUGGCGGAGGCGGAGGAUACGGAGGCGUAGGAGAGCAUGGUGUAGGUGGCUAUGGAGGAGGCGCUGGAGGAGGUGAAGGAGGCGGUGCAGGAUAUGGUCCUGGAGGAGGAGGAGGAGCUGGUGGUGGAAGUGGAGGAGGAGGUGGUGGCGGUGCUGGAGCUGGCGGAUAUGGUGGGGGUGCUGGUAAAGGCGGCGGUGAAGGCUAUGGUGGAGGAGGAGCUCACGGGGGUGGCUAUGGAGGAGGAGGUGGUAGUGGUGGAGGUGGAGGCGGUGGUGCUGCUGGUGGUGGUUAUGGAGGUGGAGAAGGAGGUGGAGCUGGUGGCGGAUAUGGAGGGGAACAUGGAGGAGGAUAUGGAGGUGGGGGUGGAAGUGGAGGUGGUGGAGGAGGAGGUGCAGCUGGUGGAGGACACGGAGGGGGUUAUGGCAGUGGUGGAGGAUAUGGCGGAGGAGCUGCUGGUGGCGGUGGAGGCGGAUCUGGAGGUGGCGGUGGUGGGGGGUAUGGUGGUGGAGGUGCUCAUGGAGGUGGAUAUGGAGCUGGUGGUGGGAGAGGUGGCGGUGCUGGAGCUGGUGGAUAUGGUGGAGGAGGAUAUGGAGGUGGGGAAGGAAAUGGAGGUGGCGGAGGAGGUGGUGCAGCUGGUGGAGGACAUGGGGGCGGGUAUGGUAGUGGAGGAGGAGCCGGUGGAGGAGCUGCUGGUGGCGGGGGCGGGGGCGGCUCUGGAGGUGGCGGCGGUGGCGGGUAUGGUGGUGGAGGUGCUCAUGGAGGUGGAUAUGGAGGCGGCGGCGGAAGUGGUGAAGGAGGUGGCCACGGUGGAUAUUACCCCUGAUACUGGAUGAUAACAAUCGGGUCCAGAAAGAACAGCUCCUCUUGCUUGUACUGCUAAUAUAGCAAACUAUAUAU